UGUGUGGAUGAAGAUACUGUGCUGAAAGAAUGCCUCACACAACUCACCGCCGUUCAAGCACCUCUCUGGUGGGCGGGCGGCGCCCCAGCGUCCUUGCCCACGGACCUGAUAUCGCUUCAGAGCUCAACCUCCUCAAGGAGGAAACCCACACGGGAGACCACUUCUUAACCCCCGCGCAACUCGAAGUCGUUUACCGAACUAACAUCCAAACUGGACUCACAGAAAGCUUCGCCGAGGAACAACUCAAGACCCACGGCCCCAACGCCCUCAAGGAACUAAGAGGCAACAGCUACUUCAAGAUCUUCCGCCACAACCUGUUCGGCUGGUUCCCCUGCGUGCUGUGGGUCGCCGCCAUCGUUAACUUCGUCGCUUACUUCUGCGUGUCCGACGACGACGCUGGCCACUCCAAGAAGGAGUACCUUUACUUAGGCAGUGUCAUCACGUCGAUCGUCAUCGGCACCGGAUUGUUCGGUUUCUACCACGAGGCCAAGAACAUAGCUGUCAUGAGCGGCUUUGAGAAAUUGGUGCCACCGAACGCUGUCGUCAUCAGAGAAGGAGUUAAGAAAGUGAUCCCCAACGUUGACGUGGUUAUAGGUGACAUAGUGGAAAUGAACGGCGGUGAGGUAGUCCCGGCGGACGUUCGGAUUGUAUCAUGUUCAAACUUCAAAACAGACAUGUCGUCAUUGACGGGUGAAUCGGAGCCCAUAAAACAUCGCUCGGAAUGGACCCACGCCAAUCCCCUGGAAUCCAAGAACAUGGCGUAUUUCAGCUGUCCAAUAACUGAAGGCACGGCCAAAGGUGUUGUGGUAGCGAUUGGUGAAUUGACUCAAAUUGGUAAAAUAGCAGGGCUAGUUACAGGGUUGGAAAAGAAAGAAACGCCGAUUGCAAAAGAAAUAACACACUUUAUUAUAAUCAUCUGUGGAGUAGCCUUCACUUUUGGAAUUAUAUUCUUCAUAAUGGUAUUUGUGAUACAGAGAAAGUGGCUAUCAGCACUGCAGUACAUGCUGGGGAUCAUUCUUGCUAAUGUACCUGAAGGUUUGAUUGUUACUUUAACCGUUUGCAUGACUCUAACAGCUAAACAACUCAGAAAAAAGAACUGUUUAGCGAAGACCUUACAAGCCGUAGAGACGUUGGGUUCCACCUCGUGUAUAUGCUCGGAUAAGACGGGAACACUUACUGAAAAUCAAAUGAAUGUGUCCCACCUGUUUUGUAACUUUCAGAUAUUCGACAAAACAGACCAUACUCACGUUUCGGACUCUACCUAUGCCCAUUUAUGUUUAGCCGCAUCUCUAAAUUUGAAAGCUGUUUUUACUCAUGACACAAUGAACUUGCCGGUUGAAAAAAGGAAGAUUAUGGGCGAUGCGUCUGAAUCUGCGAUAUUGCGUUAUAUGGAGUUAAACCGAUCUGCGAGUAAAACACGGGAAGAUAAUCCAAAGAUAGCAGAAAUACCUUUUAGCUCGGCUUAUAAGUAUCAAGUUACAAUCCACAACAUGCAAACUACGCACAGCCACUACUUGAUAAUGAAAGGGGCUCCUGAAAUUGUCCUAGAAUAUUGCACCAGGGUGCACACCGAUGAAGGCGAGCAAUCUCUAACGCCUCAGUUGAAGAAGGAAUUAAAAGCUAAUUUUAUCAAGUUGGCUAAUAUGGGUGAACGAGUUAUUGGGUAUUGCGAUUACCAUUUACCCCUUUCUGCGUAUCCAAUAGGCUACCAAUUCGAUACACAGCAGAGAAAUUUCCCAGUGGAAGAUUUGACAUUUUUAGGCGCAAUAUCUAUGAUUGAUCCGCCGAGGUAUAAUAUUGAAAAAUCAAUAGCUCUCUGCAGACAAGCUGGAAUAAAAGUGAUAAUGGUGACAGGUGACCAUCCCGUGACAGCGCUGGCUAUAUCCCGCCAGUGUGGGACAAUCACUCAGCCUACUGCGUAUGAUUAUGCCUUCGAGCAUCACAUCGAUCUGAGCGAUGUCCCGCCGCAUAUUAAAAAUCAGUUCAGGUCUGCAGUUAUUACCGGAGAUGAGCUCCGUAAAAUGAGUGUCACUGAUCUGAAAACUGCGCAGCAAAAAUAUGACGAAAUAACUUUUGCACGGACCAGUCCCCAGCAGAAGUUGUUUAUUGUUGAGACGUAUCAGUCUUUAAAUCACGUGGUCGCGGUCACCGGCGACGGGGUGAACGAUUCGCCUGCGCUUAAGAAAGCAGAUAUCGGCAUCGCGAUGGGAAUCACCGGGACAGAGGUUUCAAAGCAGGCUGCUGACAUGAUUCUCUUGGAUGAUAACUUUUCUUCCAUUGUACUGGGCGUUGAAGAAGGCAGGAAAAUUUUCGAUAAUUUAAAAAAGACUAUCGCUUACACAUUGACCUCCAAUACGCCUGAAAUGUUACCUUUUAUUCUUUAUGCGUGUCUUGGCAUGCCUUUACCGUUAUCAUUGAUGUUGAUCUUGAUUGUGAAUGUUGGAACUGACUUGCUGCCCGCUAUGAGCCUAGCGUACGAAGAUUCGGAAGAGGAUAUUAUGUCGAUUCCACCUCGUAAACAAAGCGAUCAUCUCGUAACUAGAGUUAUGAUAUACAUGGCUUAUUUCCAGAUCGGUUUGAUCCAAUUUUUUGCUGGUAUGUACGCGUACUUUGUGGUGUUCGCUCAAGACGGAUUCUUUCCGUCAUCCUUAAUGUUCGUUCGUGCUGAAUGGGAGAAGGCGACCAUGUCUGUCAAAGAUACCUUGGGUAGAGAAUGGUAUUACCCUGACAGAAAGAAAAUAGAAAGAAAAGCGCAGACGGCUUAUUUCGUCGCUAUUUGUUGGACGCAGAUAUCAGAUGUAAUAAUUUGCAAGACUAGACGAGUUUCGCUGUUGAAGAAAGGGAUGAAGAACCAUGUUCUUAAUUUGGGCAUUGCGGUGGCUCUGAUUGUGGCGUUGUUGGUGACGUAUCUGCCAUUUUGCAACGAGAUAUUCAGCACGGAGCCCCUGGCAUGGCAUGACUUCUUCCUAGCGUUACCUUUCAUGCUACUCAUGAUUUUGGGAGAUGAAUUCAGGAGAUAUUUAAUACGAAACAAUUAUUCCAAAUGGGUCGAAGAGGAAACUUAUUACUGAAAAUAACAGUUAUUUUGAAAGUGGAUUAGGUUGGAUUAAGGCGAAUUUUAGUUAGGGCUUACAUUUAAGUUUUA